CAGGCCCAAUCUCUUCCCGCGAAUGGCUUUGGUAACUAUUGUGGGAUUCCCCUCCUCUGGCAAGUCCCGAAGGACUUCGCAAUUAGCAGAGGCGUUACCAACGCUCAUUCCCGCACAUUAUUCUGUAUCCGUCGUCUCAGAUGAAACUCUCAAUAUUUCUCCAUCAGCUUACGACGAUAGCCGCACAGAGAAGCCUGCCCGAGGCGCACUUUUUGCAAAUGUUCAGCGUUUACUGUCUCCGAAUCGAAUUGUGAUAGUGGAUGCGCCCAACUACAUUAAAGGUUUUCGAUAUCAGCUAUAUUGCGCCGCGCGGGAGUUAAAAAUUCGGGUUUGCACGAUCUUCGUGGUGGCAACGGCCGAUUGUUGUAGGCAGUGGAAUGCGGAGCGUUCAGAUGGGCGCAGCUACGCGACAGAGACACUUGAGAAUCUCUUUCUCCGAUUCGAGGAGCCGUCUUCCAUGGUCCGCUGGGAUUCCCCCCUAUUCACUGUGCUUUGGGACGAAGAUCUCCCAAGUGAGGAAAUCGCUGCUGCACUUACAUCCGGGACAAUUAAGCCACCGAACUCGGGAACAGUUGCUACUGCGAAGGCGCCUUCAGACGCACUGCAUGUCCUCGAGCAAACAUCGACGGCCCUCGUGUCUGCCGUACUAGAUGCCCAGACAACCCAUCAAGCAAUGGGCGGAAAAGUUGUAUUGCCUCUGACCCCUCCGGUCAAGAUGACUUUACCUGCUCGGAUACUCACUGUUUCCGAGCUCCAGCGAAUGAAACGACAAUUUGUGACGAUCCACAAGAAGGCUAUGACCUUGGGAACCAUCGAGAAGGGCGCAGUAGAUUGGGCGGAGGACAGCGUUGCAGUCAAGUUUGUGACUUAUUUGGAGGAGAAUUUAAAGCCGUAAUCAUCAAGACAUCAUUCUUUUCUACAUGUAUCUUACAGUUUCUCUGCUCUCCAGAAUGAAGCAUACAUGUUGACACGGUCGAUAGCAAUCUCCGGCCCGGAUCUGACACCCAGGGGUGUGACCUUGAAUCCGUGCUGUUCGAAAUUAGCGUUGUACCAGGGCCGCCGUGCUGCAGAGCGCCAGAAGAGGAAACCGCCGGGCGCGAGUGCACGAUGCAGCUCCUGGAUCUCCUCGUCGAUCUCAGGCUGUCCUGGACUAAACCAAUCCAUGUGGUCCAUAACCAGCGCCCGGGUGAUAUCACCGUCGGCCAGUCCUCGCAGCACGCUGGGCAAUGGUCAGAUGAGGGUUUCGCACGAGCUUGUUUGAGAGGAACCCACUUGACAAUCGAUUCAGUGUGAAGCCGGAAGGCAUUCAAUCGCCGACUGGUAUCAGCCUUGAGAGCCUCGAAGCCGGCCCGAGUAAGAUAUUCAGGACAACUCUCAUGGGUGUAGUGGCCGAGCAAAGUCUGCGAGGUUGUCGUUAUUAUGGACAUGUAAGUUACACGGUCAAGCUUACCAAAAGAUAAAAGUAGUUCUCAUUCCUGAAGAGGUACGCAUGAGCCAAAGGGUCCAACGUGUCCCGGAUGAACUCGUAGAUGCCUCCUGUGGAAAGAUCAGACAUCAAAAGGAAAUUCCACGAUAGACAGACCCUCAUCAAGCAGCAUCUUUCGCUGAUUGAGCGGAACGCCCAGAGCGUUCCAGCAGAAUACCGGAUUCUUGAGGAGCCCCACGACGAUCGGGUUUAAUAGCACCGGGCGCACCCUUUCUGUCCAGAUUUGCUCCUGGCGAUCGAGGUUCUCAGCCCGGCAAAGCUCCUCGACAUCCUUCUGAACGCCGGCGAUCGUGAAUAUCAACUUGGCCAAGCGAAGAGCCCAUCCGCUGUAGCCUCGAAGAUAGAAUGAAGACGAGAACGCGCGCGAGUUGAUACGCCAGAACUGGUAGGCGCUGGACGAAAGAUGGGGUGCAAUAUGAUUGUCCAAAAGUUGACGAAAGUUCGGGUGCUUGCCGGCACCAAACAAGGCAAAGAAAUCUUCGUAGGAAAGCGCCUUGACUGCAGCCAACUUGAGCUCCAGUAGAUGGCCUUGGCAAGGGUUCAUAUCCACACAAUGGAUCUGUACGACCUAGGGGCGGCGGCAACGGCAUAGUGAAGCGCGUUGUCACCCGCACUGGUAAUCACAAACAUGGAGUCCUUGGGUGAAAGUUGCAGGUGUUGCAUGUCAGUGAAUGGAUCCUCCUGGAAGGGCAUGUCAGAGACUUCGCAUUGUUGUGCGGAGCUUACCGACCCAAGUGAAUGAGUAGAUGAAGGUUCUAAAUUCUUUGUGAACAGGUUGUUCGUAGUAUGGCAGGCGCCAAGGCUGGGCGGCAUGGUAAUGGAAUGAGCUGUACGGCGGCGAGAUGUCGAUGACAGUGGGCUGAGGUUGCAGCUCCAGAGCUGGUUCGCCAAUAUGCAGAGAAGGAACCGCAUCAUCCGUGUCCUUGACAGCCUUGAACGUGGCUGGAGAACAGUUCCCGAUAAGAUUGCCGCCCUCCACUUCGAAAGCGUGACAAGCGUUCGAGACAUCGAAUGAGCGAGAGCGGCCGAGCCAGAUGUAAUAUGGGCUGCUCAGCAAUCAGUCGCAAUCGUGCAGUCGAAGGAAACACUACUCACAUUCGGACAAUGAAGGGGAUGAUGAAGUUAUUCCUCCCGUUGAAACUCUUGAUCUGAGCCAAAGCAUGAGUCCUGACAGACAACGAUAGCUGAUGGAGCGCACCGUGCCAAAUUUGUACUCGAGAUAAGAUCGUCUAGCGGGACUUAAGUUGACCUAAUAGGAUGUCAGUCCGCGAAGAGAAU